UCAGCAGAAACCCGAAGACUGUUGCACGGGAGCCUGAAUAGAAUUAUAAGUUCCUUUGCAUUGUGUUGAUGUGGCAAGUCACAAUUAGCUUUUUUGAAAUUCCUAUAUCUUGAAAGCUUUAUUUCUGAAAUGCAAAACAUUUUGGGACUGUAUCAACAGUGGACAUAGUUUUUGAGUGGAUUUUUCCUUUAAGAGCUGUGCCUGCCUGUGAGUGAGCCUAUGGCUGGUCCAGUCAGGAUGAAUAAACAUCGGCAUCUUUUCAGCAAUUUGACCUAGCUCUUGCAACAUUACUGAAUUUGCUUCUCCCAUCUGGCACUCCAGUCACUGAGCGCUAACACAUAGGAAGGAGUGGCAUCCUGCCUCUCCUAGGGGAACUGGCUGAUUUUACCUCCAGGAGCCACGUUGCCUUCUCAGCCGUCCUGCUAUGGUUUGUCUUGUUUUAUUGGUUGGGGAGUGUUAUGAGUUGCUCAGAAAAGCCUAAACCAGGCCUUUCAGGCCUGGCCUCAUCCCCUGACUCUAUGGAGGCAUCCCACCUCGUUUCCAUGUCAUUGCCCCUUGUCUCCCCAUCCCAGUCACGGCUCAAGUACAUGUCCCUGGGCGUGCUGGUGCUGCAGACCACCUCACUGGUCCUCACCAUGAGGUACUCGCGCACACUGCAAGGCGAGGGGCCCCACUACCUAGCCUCUUCAGCCGUGGUGUUGGCCGAACUGCUUAAGAUCCUCAUCUGCCUGCUGCUCAUCUUCUAUGACCACAACUUCAGUUUUCUUGUGUUGAAUCGGGUGCUGAAGGAAGAGAUUCUCAACAAGCCCAUGGAGACGUUGAAGCUGGCCAUCCCAUCAGGCAUCUACACACUCCAGAAUAACCUUCUCUAUGUCGCCCUGUCCAACCUGGACGCUGCUACCUACCAGGUGACGUACCAGCUGAAGAUCCUGACCACGGCCCUGUUCUCAGUAUCCAUGCUGGGGAAGAGACUGGGGCUCUACCAGUGGCUGUCCCUGCUCAUCCUCAUGACUGGUAUCGCUCUCGUUCAGUGGCCUUCAGAGUCUCUGGAUGGGCCAUCUCCGACGCCUCUAUCUGCAGGCUCCCAGUUAGUCGGUGUGAUAGCCGUACUGAUAGCCUGCUUCUCCAGUGGCUUCGCUGGAGUCUACUUUGAGAAGAUUCUCAAAGGGACCAAACAGAGUGUGUGGGUCCGCAACAUCCAGCUAGGUUUGUUUGGCCUGGUGUUUGGUCUAAUGGGAGUGUUUGUGUACGACGGAGAGAGAGUGAGGGAGUCCGGAGUGUUCCAAGGCUACAACCCACUCACCUGGACUGUUGUGGCCCUGCAGGCUCUGGGUGGGUUGGUCAUAGCAGCAGUCAUUAAGUAUGCAGACAACAUCCUGAAGGGGUUUGCCACCUCACUCUCCAUCAUCCUGUCAACACUCAUAUCCUACUUCUGGUUGGUGGACUUCGACCCCACCAGUAUGUUCUUCCUAGGAGCAGUGCUGGUCCUUGCUGCCACCUUCCUGUAUGGCUAUGAGGCUGAGGCCAGCCAUAGCAGAGUUUAAAUUGGAGACCCACCACCAGCCAUAGCAGAGUUUAGAUUGGAGACCCACCACCAGCCAUAGCAGAGUUUAGAUUGGAGACCCACCACCUGCCAUAGCAGAGUUUAGAUUGGAGACCCACCACCUGCCAUAGCAGAGUCUAGAUUGGAGACCCACCACCAGCCAUAGCAGAGUCUAGAUUGGAGACCCACCACCAGCCAUAGCAGAGUUUAGACUGGAGACCCACCACCUGCCAUAGCAGUGUCUAGAUUGGAAACCCACCACCAGCCAUAGCAGAGUUUAGACUGGAGACCUACCACCAGCCAUAGCAGA